AUGUAUGUAUAUACGACGGAGUAUCAAGCAGAUCCGGGUUAUACUCCGAGUUAUACUCCGGGUUAUACUCCAGGUUAUGCUCUGGGUUAUACUCCGGGUUAUGCUCCGGGUUAUGCUCUGGGUUAUGCUCCGGGUUAUGCUCCGGGUUAUGCUCCAGGUCAUACUCCGGGUUAUACUCCGGGUUAUACUUCAGGUUAUACUCCAGGUUAUACUUCAGGUUAUACUCCGGGUUAUACUCCGGGUUAUACUCCAGGUUAUACUCCAGGUUAUAUUCCGGGUUAUACUCCAGGUUAUACUCUCCAG